AUGGCUUGCUGCCUGUUAUACCAUGGGGACGUAGUUGCCAAAGAUGUCAAUGCUGCCAUUGCUACCAUUAAGACCACGUGGAGCAUCCAGUUUGUGGAUUGGUGCCCCACUGGCUUUAAUGUUGGCAUUAAUUACCAGCCUCCCUCUGUGGUGCCCAGUGGAGACCUGGCCAGGGUCCCACAAGCCGCUUGCAUGCUGAGCAACACCACAGGCAUUGUCCAAACCUGGGCUCGUCUGAACCACAAGCUUGACCUCACAUAUGCCAAGCAUGCAUUCAAUCACUGGCAUGUGGAUGAGGGCAUGGAGCAGGGAGAGUUUACUGAGGCUCGCGAGGACAUGGCUGACCUGGAGAAGGAUUGUGAGGAGGUGGCAGCAGACGAUGCUGAGGGAGAGGAUGAGCAUGAGUGUUAG